GUCUGAUUAAUUUCGUAUUAUACGGAAAAAUGGAAAAGUAAAAAAAUAUCUCCUCCUCUUCUUCUUCAUCAUCUUCUUUAUUUUUUUUGUUCAAGAUAAAAAUACAUUAAACCAUAACAAAAAUAGAGAGAGAUGAUGAUACUUGGGAAGCUCCCUCCAUUUUUCUUAUCUUGUCUUCUUCUAACCAUCAUAUUCAUAGUCUUCAUCCUCUGUUCUCCAAACCCUUUCAACCCCAUCUCCAAAUCUGACCUUCAUCAAACACUUGCUUUGCCCAAUUCUACCUCUCAUGGUUAUGACGAUGAUGAGAUUCUCAAGUGUGACUUGUUUAAGGGAGAAUGGGUGCCUGACCUGCAAGGUUCUUUAUAUACGAACUGGAGUUGUUCAACGAUUCCUACUUCAAAGAAUUGUUUCCACCAUGGAAGAAAAGACAAAGAGUUUUUGAAAUGGAGAUGGAAACCUCAUCAGUGUCAGCUUCCCAGGUUUGAUCCUAAGACUUUCCUGGAAUUUGUUCAAGGGAAGAAACUUGGGUUCAUAGGUGACUCAGUUGCCAGGAACCACAUGGACUCCCUCCUUUGUCUCCUCUCAAUGAUAGAAACUCCGGUGGAUCAUUACAAAGAUUCCGAAGACCGGCAACGGGUAUGGUACUUUCCCGGUCAUGAUUUCACUCUCAUGAUUCUUUGGACGAAAUUCCUAGUAGACGGUGAAGAACGAGUGAUCAAUGGUUCAUCAUCUGGUAUUUUUGAUUUGCACCUUCAUAAAAUUGAUAAGAAAUGGACCACAGAUCUUCCUGUUCUAGACUAUAUCAUCAUCUCGGACGCACAUUGGUUUUUCCGAACGAUUUACCUACACAACGACACUGGUGUUGUCGGAUGUGUGUACUGCGAUCAUCCGAAUGUGACCGAUUUUGGUGUCGGGUUCGCCCUCAGGAUGGCUUUUCGAUCGGCAUUAAACCAUAUCAACCGCUGCAGGGAGUGCAAAGCGAGGGUGACCCUCGUCCGGACGUUUUCGCCGGCUCAUUUCGAGAACGGGGCAUGGGAUACAGGAGGAAGAUGCAAUAGGACAAGCCCUUUGAGUGAAAGAGAGAUUAAGUUGACAAGUAAUGAAUGGGAACUGAGGAGCUUGCAAAUGGAAGAGAUUGAAAAGGCAAAUAUAGAAGGAAAUAAGAAAGGAACGAAGUUUGCAGCAUUGGAUGUGACAAGGGCAAUGUUGAUGAGACCUGAUGGUCACCCUGGUGAGUUCUGGGGAAAUAAAUGGAUGAAUGGAUAUAAUGACUGUGUCCAUUGGUGUUUGCCCGGUCCGAUUGAUACUUGGAACGAUUUCUUAUUUGAAGUUUUGAGAAGAAAAGUUAUAUAAAUUAUAUUGUUCGAACUUCAUUUUUCUUAAAAUAUUCAUGUCUGACAUUUGUAUUUGAUAUAUGAAUAUAACUGAAAAAAACUUACAAAAUA